CUUGAGCCCAGGUGCCCUCUUCUCAAGAGUCAGUUUUAAACAAAAUUGAAAACUUAUGAGACUUGAGCUUGACUCUGGAUUCAAAAUUAAGAGGAAUUAAACAGCAAAAGAAAGCAAAAUAGUGUAGCUAGUAAGCCUAUGGCCUAGAAGCAUCAGUUGUGAUUUUAUUUCACCAGAGGUUGUCCCAGUGAUGCCCUUACAUUUCUUCAUCAGAGCAGUUAGAUUUUGAGAAGGGCAUUUUUUUUCUAACCUGAUGUUGCCAUAAACUACCAACUGUGUUUAAUGCAUCACGGAUUUUUUUAUUUUUCAGAUUGUUGCCAUGGCUUGUAUUAAUCUUGCAUCAAAAAUUGAAGAAGCACCAAGAAGAAUAAGAGAUGUGAUUAAUGUAUUUCACCACCUUCGCCAGUUAAGAGGAAAAAGGACUCCAAGCCCCCUGAUUCUUGAUCAGAACUACAUUAACACCAAAAAUCAAGUUAUCAAGGCAGAGAGAAGGGUGCUAAAGGAGUUGGGAUUUUGUGUUCAUGUCAAGCAUCCCCAUAAGAUCAUUGUUAUGUAUUUACAAGUCUUAGAAUGUGAACGUAAUCAAACCCUGGUUCAAACUGCCUGGGUAGUCCAUGAUGGUAAGUCAUAGAACUCUGCCCUCUGCACUUCAGCCCAUGACCUCAGGAUGGCCUGAUUGGCUGCCCUGCUCUCCAGCCAAUCCAGUGCAAGCUCUCAUCCGAGAUUCACUGAAGUGGUCCAUAUCCAUCUGGCAGCAUCUUCUAGUUCUGUCGGGGUGUCUAAAGGAUUUGUAUAUUUGCUUCUAGAAGUAACUAUUCAACAUGCAUAUGUAUUUAAUGUAUACCUUGUAACUAUCAAAAUGAAUAGUUCAUUUUUGAUAGAUUUGUUGUCCAGCCAUUAUGAAUUAAAUGAUUUUUUUUGUUAGAAGUUUGAUAGAUUUCUAUUUUUAGUAUGUAUAGCAUGAAUUCUACCAAGGAAACUAUAACUUACAGUUUAAAAUGGGCACCAUUCCCAUAUUGGAUGCAUUUAUAGCUGCUGGGCUGUUGCAGGCAAUGAUAAAGAAGUAAGAAAUACUUCAUUUUUAAAAGAUGCUAAUAUUAACAGAAGCACUUUAGAACUUGGACUUUUGACAUGCAGGUGUGUAAUUUGGAGUACUCGCUUAUUUAAAGGUAAAAUGAGUGUGGUCCAACCACAACUACUUUCUCAAGACUGUUGAUGUGCAGGACUGAAGGGACAUAAAUUUUGUAUUCUUGACAUGACUACCAUGCUUCUUUUGGACUCCGUGAAUAUUACUAAUACUGGGAAGUCUCAUUGCUUUUAUAAAAUGCAUGUCAUUUUUAAUAUAUGUUCCAUAGAACAGAUUUUAGCAGCUUUUGUGGGUAAGGAAUUUUAAGACAUAGUGUUUAAUUUCAAUUUAACCUUUUAAACAGUUUCUUCAGUACUUUAGGAAUGUUGGGAGGGUUCACUAAUAGUCCAGCAAUUUAUUAACUGAAGUAGUUCAUCGCCUUUAUUGAUACUAGUCAUACACAAAAAGGUAUGUAAACGAGGCUGUUGUAUAUAUUUAUUGCUGUUUACUUCCCUACCUAGAUUUUUUGAAGUAGAUUAGAUUUCUUAAUUGAAAUAUAACUUAGUGAUUGCAUACUAAAAAUAAAAAUGCCUUUUUA